AGGUUCGAGCAGGACCAAAAUCAUCCUAGUGGGAGACCCAAGACCCCCACCGUUGUCUGCACUGCUGCCAAACAGAAUGGUCAGUCUAUAGAAGUUGAAGAGGCGUUGGUGUCUGAACCAGAAAACGGAAGUUACUCAGCUCUUUUGGGAUCAGAGGGACACCUAAGACCUAGAAGCGGAUACUCUGAGACCCCUGCGGAGUCCAGCACAACUGUCCCUCGGCAGAGCAGAGCAGCUGCCACACAAGCGCAUGGAGGCCCUGCCACUGUGGGAGCGCAGGGUGCGAGCAAGGGCAGAGCCGGGCUCAGGGAGUUUCUCCAGCAGUGUGACCAGGAGGAUCUAGUGGAAUCUGCUCUACCUCAGCUGGCUCAGAUUGUGACCGUGUAUGAAUUUCUUCUGAUGAAGGUUGAAAAAGGUCAUCUAGCAAAGCCUGUUUUCCCAGCCGUAUACAAGGAAUUUGAAGAGUUACAUAAAAUGGUUAAGAAAAUGUGUCAAGAUUACCUCAGUAGUUCUGGUCCAUAUGCUCAGGAGCCCCUGGAAAUAAACAAUAAUAAGGUUGCCGAGUCGUUAGGAAUCACAGAAGAAAUCCUGAGGAAAAGAGAAGUACACCCAGACUGCGUUCCCCGCAAGUGCCCCGGCCGAGAGGUGGAGGGGGAGCCACUGGCAGCAGCCAGUGGACGGAAGAGGGACAGUGAGGCCACAGAAGAGGGACUGGCCUCAGUGAAAAGGACCAGAAGGGAAACUCUGCCUGAGGACCCCACUGAGUACCCUGCUGCUGACAGCAGAGGCCGGGAGAAGCCCCAGCCCUUGUGCGCUUCAGCUGCCAGCACAGGUUUUGCCCCUCCAGUAAAUGGGGCCACCUCUCCCCAUUCUGAAGCCAGCCACACGAUGAUGGUUUCUGAUAGUGAUAGAAGCAUACUCCAUCUGGGCCAGCAGCUUAAGGUGUUUGCUGACUUAGAAGCCAGGAGUGGCUCUGUGGGCCCUGCUCCUCUGUGUCAGGGUGUCAGAGGGCCGGGUCUUUAUACUCCAUUAGGAGAGCCCAGGAGGCUGACCCAGGCACAGGUGGCAGUUUACCCUGGAGAGAAUGCUCUGGAACACUCUUCAGACCAGGAUGCCGGGGACAGCCUGAGGAGCCUGGGUGUCUGCAGCACCUUGUCAUCAGGUGGAGUGGAGUCCCUGCUGCCUGGCAGGUCUGGAAAUGUAGAGGCAGGAAACCUCUGCGAGAUGUGUGAUUCCUGUGUGAACCAUCAGCAGUCCAGCCCCUGCAGCCUCCUGCCCACGGAGGUUGCGGCCCCUCCGCUUGACAAAAUUUUGUCCAUGGAUAUCAUGCCAGUAGACUGUGCCUACAGGACUGUGUCUGAGCCAGGGCCUCAGCCUGGCCCGGAGGGAUCGCUGUCCAAUGAAGGGGGUCUCAGAAGCCAUGCCGGGGACUUGAACCAGUUCCCCUGUGGGAUGGAGGUGCACACCAGCCAGAGAGAAUUGGAGAGUGUGGUUGCUGUAGGUGAAGCCAUGGCUUUUGAAAUUACCACUGGGUGCCAUGAUCUGUUGUCUCAGGGACAGAAGCAGAUUUUUAUUCAGACUUCUGAUGGGCUUAUCUUGUCCCAUCCAGGUCCCAUAGUGUCUCAAGAGGAGGACAUUGUCAUAGUGACCAAUGCAGAGGGGCCUGCCCUGCAGAUGGGCCCAGCAGAAGGGGUUCCUCUCGAAACUGUGGAGACGUUCCUCACCAUGGAGGCGGAGCCCUCACAGUGAAAAGGAGUCAGACCAUGACCCUAGAUUUGUAUGUACUUUAUCCAAAGAAGGUCUGUUUCAAGCAAUGUCUAUUUUUCUAAUGUGAAUACUGACACAAAUGAACAUUUUAUUUAUAAAGAAUAAUGUCUUUCUGCCA